AUGCAUGUUGUGGAACCUGAACGUUUUCCUGUCUCUCCAAAAGCGGUAUAUAAACCUGCCGCACAUACGUUACCUGAAGCUCUCGCCUUCGAGUCUGAACUGGGCGUUGAGAAUCUCGUAUUCGUGCAACCGUCGGUUUAUGGCACAGACAAUUCAUGUUUGUUAGAUGCGUUGAGAAGACUCGGACCCUCGCGCGGCCGGGCAGUUGUUGUGGUUGACCCUGCCACUAUUAGACCGGAGACUCUAAACGAAUGGCAUGCUCUUGGAGUUCGUGGACUGAGAAUAAAUCUUCAGUCUGUAGGCAAAUUGAUGGACAAGGCCGAGUUGGAAGAGACCUUACUCCAGCAUGCUAAGCUUGCCCGACCUCGCAACUGGAUCGUCGAGAUAUAUCUUCCCCUCACAAUGGUCUCGAUGGUCGAGUCAAUCCUCCCGCAACUAGGCGUGCGCAUCUGCAUCGAUCAUUUUGGCAGCCCCGAGCUCGCGCCAUGGGACGAUGAUGCUCCGGAUUUUAACCCCUACACCCUGCAAGGAUUCUCGUCCUUGAUCUCUCUGCUUCGCGACGGUAAGACCUACGUUAAGAUGUCUGCACCGUAUCGACUCAGCAAAGACCAUCAAAUGCGUGAUCUUCAGGCCAUGGCACGCGAGUUCUUGUCUGUUGCACCUAAUCGGGUUAUCUACGCCACUGACUGGCCGCACACUCGAUUUUCCCGUGUUGAUAUCAGCCAAUUUACUGAAUGUUGUUUGGAAUUGUGUGCGGCAAAGCCGGGGCUAGCGGAGCGUCUCUUUCGCAGAAAUACCGAGGAAAUGCUUGGGGUAGUCUCCGAUUGA